AUAAUAUUUUAGAUUAAAGAUUUGUUUGGGUGGUUUUGAAGUUACUUAAAUAAAAUAAAUUUCAAUAUUUGAGUUUAACUUAAAUUUUCUAUGAUAUUUAUUCUGGAUCACGCUAUUGAAACUUUUAACUUUUCCGACUAACUUCUACUAAAGCAAUUAGAAUUAGUUUCUGCAUAUGAGGUAUGCACUAAAUUUGUGAUUGGAUAGCAACUCAGGAAUGUUGACCUUAGAAAACAACUUUAAAAAAAUGUGAUCGUGUGGCAAUACAAGAUAGCCAAUUACAAGAGUUAUUUGUGUUUGUUAUUGUUUUUGUUAAUAAACUUGUGUUGUCAAUCCGGACGCUAUUUAAAUAUGUAUUUCCCAAAUUUCAGAAGUUAUAUUUAUUUGCAUGAAAUGCCUCGCAAAAAUAUUCACUUACUCUAUUAUUAGAUUUUACUAUCAAAACUUUGAAAUCGCAGAAUAUGGCUCCAAUGAGAAAGAAAAGUCAUGGGAGCAUUAGGUCUCCUCAUGUUAAACGUAAUAUUCAGUCUCAAGUUGUAAUGAAAGGGUGGCUGUAUAAGCUUGAAGGUGGGGCUUUGAAGCAAUUUAAGCAGAGAUGGUGUGUGCUGGCAGAUUUUUGUCUUUUCUUUUAUAAAGGUCCAAGUGAAGACAAGCUGACAUCCUCAAUAUUGUUACCAAGCUAUAAAAUAAGUCCUUGUACAAGUGAUGAUAAAGUGUCAAAAAAAUUUGCUUUUAAGGCAGAACAUCAAAAUAUGAAAACCUAUUAUUUUGCUGCUGAGGAAAUGGAUAGUAUGAAAAGGUGGAUGAAUGCUAUAUCGCUUGCUUCAAUUAUGCAAAAAUUUGUCAGGUCUGAAAAUUAUGAUGCAACAUUUAGUUCAGCAAGUAAUGAUGAUGAAGAUUGUGGUUUCAAAUCUCAUCGUUCUAGAAGAUACACAAGCCAAAAAUUAACCACAGCUCAUGAUUCACACUUUAACUCUGAACCACUAAAACAAAGAUCCAACAGUUAUGGUGAUCGAAUGGGAGAAGUUUAUCUCAGUAGCGAUGAUAAAUAUCCUGAUACUUAUAAAAAUGUUCAAUACAAAACACCUUCCGUACAAGACGAACCUCCCAGACGGCAACCUCUGUACGCGAAUGCUCCACCUAAACCUAGACGUCUUAAUUCUGAUAGUUUUGCUCCUUACCCUCAUGAUUAUUCGGAUUCAAGAGACCAUGAAAAUUAUAUGCCUGCAACUACAAUGUAUUAUCCUGGGGGCGUGCAUUCCGAUUACCAUCAGGCUAUGGGCUACUUUCCGAGCCAAAAUAGCUUUCACGACAUUGAAAAUGAUCCAUCUAGGCAGGAUCCGAAAUCUAUGCAAUACAUUGAAAAUCAUCCCCAAAAUAUGCAUCUUGAAACAUCAGACCUUCAUCACAGCCAACCACCGAGGCCACGAUCGGCCGAUUUCUUAGAGAGGGAGGCUGAAUGCCAAAUGAUGCCAGAUGUUGCACAAUACACUGGGAAUGCGCAACCUCGAAGACCUAAGUCAAGCUUGGAGUACUAUAAUCAUUAUGUGGAUUCGGAUGAGGGCAAUUUCGAUGAUUAUCGCGAGGCCGUCAGAAUGCAAGCUGAUAAUUUGUACCUGAACAAAAAUCUUAGCAAAAGUAACAAGCAUUAUGGCUCAAAGCAAAGAAAAGGCAAUGACCAAAAAUUGAAUAUCCAUUAUGUGAGUAAUUCUGGGUUUUUAACAAAUGAUUCUGUUUCUCCUUGUUAUGCAUCAACGUCAAAGAAUAAUUCAUAUGACAAAUAUCAAAGUGCACCAAUGUCACAAAAAGGAAACUUUGAUUCAAUGGAAAAGGAACAGAAGCCAAAAAAUUCUCAAGAAUCCAUGCAACGAUUAAUGGAAUGGAAACAGAGAAUGUUGCAAUCUCCUCUCUCUAAAAGAAAUUAUUUGCAUUCAAAUUCUUCCGAAACAAGCUCUCCGAUGUCUUCUCCCAUGAAAACAUACAAGGUUGAAACUAGUGUCAAAAAGCCCUUACAAAAUCCCGUAGUUCUUGAAUCUGAAACCCACGUUCAUCAUUCCCCUAAUUACAGUUAUAGUCAUAAUCCUGAUUCUUCAUACAAUUCUCAGAAUAUGUUACAAUACGGCGACUCAUAUCAGCAGCCCUAUAAUGACAAUGACGUCUAUCCAACCAAAAACAAUACCCGACUUUCUGAACAUUUCGAGCAGGCCCCCACCCAAAGUGUCCCCGAGUCUUCCCAGAAACUGCGAAAUGAAAACCUUCUUUAUUGUGUCGAUUCUGAGAACAAUGAAAUUCUGUUUUCUUACAAUGAUAAUUCCCCUAAUGAUGAUGAGAUUUCUAAGAACCUUCAAACCUGUCAUUAUCCACCUCAAAUGCAUUCUUUUAGUACUCUUCCGAAUGUUAGCAGCAUUGGUAAUGAAAGUCAGGAGUCCAAUUUCCAAUGUUCCAAUGAAUAUUCCUCAAAAAUUAAGUAUUCUGAAGCAUCAUAUAAAACAGAAUCAAAAGAAUCUAAGCCUUCCAUUUGUAAAAAGAAAGUAACCACUUAUUCAUCUGAUGAUGAAGAUGUUGGACAACAUUUGAAUCCUGAUGAGAGGACUGAAACUAUUGAAAAUGAAUCUCACAAUUUUGCUGAAAACAACCUGGCUGACAGAUAUCAAACAUCAUCGCCAGAUUAUGUUAAUAUUGGCCCGUUUUAUAAUGAACAAAAUACCAGCUUUGUUCAUGAAGCUGUCCCUCUUAAUGAAUCUUUUGAAAUCAAUCGGGCCGUAUUAAAGCCAUUAGAACAAGCAUCAAAAAUUAGCAAAAAUGCACCACAUGUAUCUAAAGGGAAUCAAAUUGAAUCUGGGAAAGUUAAAGCUGCAGAAAAUCUUUAUAAAGGAUAUCCCUCUGAAGAGCAAUGGAUAGAUGAUGACAGCGCUCACAAUCAAACCUUAACCAGCAUAACUAGCAAAGAUACAUAUGACAGUGAUUUAGAGUGUGAUAUUAAGCGAGAAGAUUAUUAUAGGGCUUCUCAAAUAUUUUAUGCAUCAACACGUGCAAAACUUAAAGCAAGAGCAAAUAAAAUUAGUGUUGAGAGAUCUAAAAAAGAAUCUGCUUAUGCAAAUGUAUCGAUUGAGGAUAAAAGUGGGCCAAAUUUUGUGAAUUUGGAUAAAGAUAUCGGCAUUCCUAUUCAAGUUACUCCAAAUAAAUCUCCCCAAAAGAAAAAGCCAGACAUUCUUGAAAGCAACAAAUAUAUCUCAUAUGACAAUUCUUUUAAAAAAGAAAUGAAUCAUAUAAGUGCAACAAUGGAGGGGGAAUCUUUUAAUAUAGGAAGACAACCUCAUGAAAUGUCUGAGACAAGUAUUUUGGGUGCUGAUGAUGCACAGAAUAACAGCCUGAAAAAAGAAGCAGAUAAAAAAAUGAGCUAUGAAGAAAUGAGAGGACAACUUUUACGAAAAAGAGAAGCUCCACCUCCAAACAUUGUUCAAGAUCGCAUAAAAAAGUUUGAAACUGUGGACUAUUCUAAAAAAAAUGUCAUACUUGGGCAGAAAACGAAUUCGUUGCCCAUUUCUGAUUCUCGUAAAGAGAAGAUUUCUUGUAGAAGCGUCGGUAAGAGAAAUCGGCACAAAACGAGCCGCCAAAAAACCAAUCGGCGUAUCCUUUAUAGUGAUUCAGAAGCUAUGGUACGCGGUGACACUGAUGAAAGUUCUGAUGACUUGACUAUGAAGUCAGCACCUAUUCUUCUUUCCCCACUAUCGUCUGUACUUGCUGACUUAAGAAAAACUGCUGAAGCCGGUAAGGAACAUUUUAAAGCUCCAUCAAAAGAGACAGCUCCUAUAUCUAGUGCAAUGAAAGAAUAUUUUCAUUCCUUGAAUGAAUCAGAAUGUCAGAACAAAAAUAAUUCUAAAACUCCCAAAGAAUUAAAUAAUUCUAAAAGAAAACAUUCUUAUGAAUCCAUUGAAUUACCUAUCUUUAAGUCUUCUACCGACUCAAAUGUCAGAAACUCAGAUGAGGUUGAAUAUUUGCCCAUGGAUGGUCUAAAAUCUUUCAACAAAAAUGUUGCUAAUGAUGAGCCUGAAUAUGUAACAAUGAGUGGUUUUAAAUAUCCACCAUCAUUAUCAAAUGAAAAAUUCAAAAAAAGCUUACAUGAAGAAGAGCAUCUAUAUAAUGAACCUUUUGCACCCCCUUCAAGCUUUCUUCACGAUGUUUAUGAGAAACAAAAAAUGAGGCAGAUGCAGUAUCAAAUGAAAUCUAGCAGUUCAGAGGAUUCAUUAACAGAAAACAUUUAUGAAAAACCUUUCCACCGUUUUCCUUCUGGAUCUGUACGAAGCUUGAGAAAUGAAUUUUCCCACAGAUCCGUCCAAGAAACAAACUCUGUUCUGAUGAGCAGUUUGUCUUGCUCAAAUGUUACCUCAGUAGGUCGAAGUAAUGUGUCUAAAAUGGAUAGCAAUUUGCUGGAGAGAGAUGUUAAUUCCUUGUCAGUACCUCACCAUUAUGAACAACCUACUUUGAGUGUUUCUGUACCUGAUCUUCUCCAGCUUCAAGAAAUGAAAGAUAGUGAUGCUUCUGAUGCUGAUGAUGAAGCGAGUAGAGAUUUUGAUUCUGUUUGUGGAGCUCGGUAUCAGUCCUCUAUAUUAGAUCACUUUUCUAACAGUGAACAUAAACCUGCAAAACUAGAUUGCAAUUCAUCAUUUGAUUCUGAAAUAAUUGCCGCCAAUCUUGAAGAUCUUCCUAGAUUAACUGACUCUCAUUCUUCUCAUCAUUAUGAAAUUCCUGAUUAUUUUCACCAAUCAAGAUCUAAAGUGAGUGAGGUGAAACCAUUACUAUCAGCCAUUUGUUCAACUUCAGAUAACGCUUCCAUUUUGUCUUCAUCUGAAUAUGAUAAAUACAGCAAUAAAAUUAUUCCUAGUGAUCUAGAAAAAACUUAUCAAACUCAAAAAUUGCGUGUUUACACAAAAGGUAAAAAACCUGAAGCACCUAAAAUAUUUCCCGUGCCAUUCAAUCUUGAAGAGUCAGAAAUUUGCAAAAUUCUAGAAAGGAAAGAUUCAACUAAGUCACCUAAGCUGCUUGAUGUCAAUGUAAGCAUACCUGCCGAUACUAUUUCUGUAGAAUCUUAUCCUGUCGAUGGGGACUCGUUGUCUGAGAAUGUUGCCUAUGUCUCUAGAUUUGAUGUCAAUCCAUCUGGUUCUAUAAAUUUAGCUCAAACCGUUCCGUCCUAUAGACCUGAUGUUGUUCCUGAAAUUCAAGUUCAGGAAAAAGUGCCAAACGAUAAAGAGUCCCCAACUAAAUCGCCAAAUUCAGCUCCUUAUUAUUAUUCUGACUUGUACUUCGCCAAUGGGAUUGGUUUCCUUCCUAGUCAUUUACAAUUUUUGAAGAAAAAUGACAUGCCACAAAAUGAUAAAGCUAGUCCUCCGAAAAAGAACGCUGCAGUUUUAAACAACGUGUAUGCCACAAAUAUCUCAUCAUGCAAAGGAGACAUAGGUAAAAAAGUAAACAAAAUCGAUUUACACCUGGCUCCUGACUGUAGAGAUUCUUUCAAUAACAAGGCUCAGAUAAAGUACUGGAAAGGCGAUGGAGCCAAAAGUAAUUUAAGAUGCUCAUUAGACAUUCUACAAAGCUCAAAAUCUAAAUACUUGGAUGCUGAAAAAAAUAAAUACGAAGCAGGUCAUACUUUAGAGAAAACUAGAUCUAGCAAUCCGAUGUCUUAUUUCAAACAUAGGGCUUCUACGCCUGAGUUGAAUGCUGGUACCUCUCAGUCAGGUGAACCAGUCUAUGAAAACCUGGUUUUUCAACCAAAAUUAAAACUUCAGAAGCGGUUGUCCCACUCGCUCGAGGGAUUACCGAGUGCCCCUGAAUUAACACAUGACAUUGCUCAAGAAAAUGAAGAACAUGUUUAUGAGAACAUUGAAUACUUUAAUUUAUCUUCACGUAGAUCUCAGGAAAAUCCUCAAUCAUCUUCAGUUUUGGCACAAGAUGACGAGUCUUCUCGUGUUAUACAGGUCAGCUCUCAGGACACUUCUUCCUUUCCCCAACGGCAAUUUUGCACUCCGGUGACCAAAAUGACCAAUUCUGUGUCUGAGAUAAGUGUGCCAUUGGUGCAAAAUCAAAAUGAAACCAAUUGCUGUGAGGCUAAUUUUUUAGGACAGUGUGCUAUGGGCGGAGGAAAUGAACAAAAAGUAUUUCCUAAAAGUAAGAAAUUACAAACUGCUAUUAUUAAAAAUCCUCUGAUCACUGAUCAGGAUGUGUUGUCCCAAUGCCCUUUUAGCACUUCUAACAAAUCUGGACACACAGAUAUUAAAGAAACACAAGGUUGUAAUAUUAAAGUUCCCCAAGAAACUUCAAAUAUUGAAAAUUAUGGAAAACACAUUGAUAAAUAUUCAGAUAGUUCAUCGGGUGCUUCUUCCUCAUGUGAUGAAGCUUCUUUGGAUUCUGACAACCCAAUGUAUAAUCUCAAUACUAGAGCUAAAAUUGCUGAAUUGUCUAAGAGUGUAUCAUCUGAAAUCUACAAAAAAGAGCCAGCUCAUGUUCGUAAGCUCGUGCAGCAAUCUGAGGGUUUGAUGUGCAAAGGAAAACGUUUGAGUGUUUCAGCCGGAGAUCUCCUUGGAAAAACGCAUGAAGAAUUAGUUUUAUUGCUGAUUCAACUGAGAAGAAAUCAAACUAAGAUACUCAGGGCAAAGGAGAAAUUGGAGAAGCAAAUCAAACAUUUUCAAGAAAUGCCUAACUCAUAUCAACCUACUUUUCAUAACAGUAAAGAUCUUCAAAAGCAGAUUCAAAUGUUAGAAAAUCAGUAUGAUGUCACUCAGCCUUUAGUCUCAUUGGUUGAUAAUAUGGUGAAACUUGGAAGUUUAUAUGGCAGCAGCAACAGAAGAAGUUUUUCUCUUCCUUUGUUGGAUACUUCUCAAGAAGAAGAAACAGCACCACCUUCUCAAACAACUAACAGUUCAUAUCACGUGCCAGAGUCAAAUAUUUUGAGCCAACUCCUUGCAGAAGAAAGUAAUUUGCAGAAGCGUAUUAGUGAAAUAUAUAGUCUUGAUAAAGGGCUUCGGUAUGAAACAAAUAGUAUAUCAUCUUUACAUCAGGAUAAGGAAAUGCUAGAGUGUACUCUAUCAGGAAUGCGUAACAAAAUAUUAGAUCAUCAAGACAGGCCAUCUGAAUUGCAGAAAUUGAAGAAGCAACAGAAAAUGAUUGAGAAAGAAUUGGUGCGUGUGAAACGUCUACUGAGCACCAGUGCCAAGAAAAUUGAAGAUGCUGCUACUAAAAAUGAUCAAAUGGAAAAAGAUAUCUUGCAUCUUCGACAAAUACUAACGGAAGCCUUAAAAACUGGCUCUUCAGAAAUGAAAUCACAGCGUAAUCGAGCUGAUUUAGAAGCUGAGCUUUGCAGGGUACAGAAUGUUCUGGAUGAACUUGCAAACCACAGACAAGAAAUAAAUAAUACAGUUGAAAAACUUAAAAGCGAAUCACAUCCCACUGUUUCGAGUUGCACAGAUAUCAGAGCUAGUCCCACUGCAGUUUUAGAUGACAAAGAAGAUUCUCACCUAAGGAAAGCCAGAAAAGGUGUGGAAGUUAGAGCUAGUCCUACUGGAGUUGCAGGCUCCGCCCCUCUUCCUGUUCGUAAAAAACAACACAGCACAUAUUUGGAAACUGACUUGGACACGAUGCACAUUAGAGACUUAGCCAAUCUUCAUGAGAAGGAUUUUGAUGAUAUCCCUGUGUAUGCAAAUGCUGAAGAAUUUAAUAGUGCAUCUGAGGAAACCAGCAAAGGUCUGAGCUCUGAAAGUUUGAACUUGUAUGAAAACUGUGUUCUGGAAGUGUCUUCCUCCGACCAGUGUUCAAUGCAAGACAUAAAUGAUGCUGAUGAAAGAAUGAAACGAUUUUAUGGCAUUAUUCCAAAAGAAAAACCCUCUGAAAUCAAAACUGUUCGGAUUGUGAAAAGGCAGUCUGAAAGACGAAACCGUGAGAGGGAUAAAAAACGUGUGACUUAUGAUGAUCAGUCAUCUGUGUGGGUGGUUGAAGAGCCUGAUCUCUCCUCUGAUGAUCAUUUAGAUAUUGAUGAUGUCAAAGUCACCAUACCAUCUGCUGUAAGGCCCUCAUCUAUCCAGUUAUUAACCUCCAAUAACAGUCGCCAGUCGAGUACCCAGUCAGCUCAUGAGCGGUUAUUUGGAACUGCAGCCAAAUCUGUGAAAGAUAGAUCUACCUCAAAUAAUAGUCAAGAUCGUGCAUAUCCUGUAAAACGCUCCAAACGAAGGCAUUACACUGUCAGCGGAUACCAGUAUAUGCUUGAUCCUCAGUUUUCACAAUAUUUCAAAGAUAGACCUAGAUCUAGAGAUGAUGUUGAUAUGGAAAGAUGCCUGCGAACUGCAAACACUCCAGACAUUGUGCGAAGUACAAUAAAGAAAAGUGAUGUAUUUGAUGAUAAUAUUAUUGAACGUGAGUUGAUGUUGCCUCAGAAAAUUGAAAUCCCUGAAAGAUAUGUUGAAGUAGAACCAGAGCAGCUAUCAGCGAUGGAGAAGUUACGAAGAAGUCAAAAGGCAGAGAAUAUUUGCAAAAUGCUAUCAGAAACCACAACAGCAACUUAUGAGAAUGUAGUUGAAGAGAGAAGUAAGUCACCUGAAGCUAUUCACAAAAAACUGAGUGAAGAAAAGAGGAACAGAGCUCAUUUACUUAACUUGAAUCGAGCUAUAGCAAGAGAGGUAGUUGAAAAAAGUAAAGCUGUUGCAGCAAAUGUAUGUAGCCCUGGAAAUUAGAUAACAUCUUAAGUGCUUGCCACUUUGGAGCGCAUGAUGAAGAAGCCUCUCACUCCAGUUGAAGAAGACAUAAGUCCUAUGGCACCAUUGCCCAUCACCCAGCAACGGUACAACUUCUACGCCUGAAAUACUCAGUUCAUCAUCUGCCUGAGGCAGACACCCCUAGUCUUGCCAUUUAUACUCCAUCAAUCCCAGUGAUUUUAUUUCUCUUGUAAUUUUAGAGCCUUUUCUCUAAAAAUGUUGUUACUGCAAUAAAUUGUUAUUUAAAAUGUACAUUUUUCUCUGUUGCAGCAAUAUUGGCUGCCUAUUGCAUUGCAAUAUACUUUUUUUUUUGUAUCACAAUUUUUAGUACAUAAAUUUUAUUAUUUUGAUUAUUGUAAUUUGUACUACUUUUGUUUAUAUACUUUUAUAUCAGUGCUAUUUUGUUGUAUUUAUGUUGGCAGCUUUAUCAGAUAUGUUUGGUACUAUGCCAAAUUUUGAUUCUAUAAAUAAUUUUCAUUGAGGUUUGAUUUUUUUUUCUUGUAAAGAACUUUAAAAUCAAAACAAAUCAUCCUAUAUUUUUCACAAGGCAAUAAAAUAUGAUGUACAGUAAAAAUUUAUUGCUAACAGAAAUAUUAUACAUUGUUAUUACACAAAGCUUGUUACUUGUUAUACUUUUGUGCUUAUCACAUGUUAGUUGUUUACUUGUAUUAUAUGUAUUUUUUCUUAUUUUAAGAACAAGUUUUCAAUUUUGCUACGUGUUUUUUCUUUAAAUUCUGUUAAUGAUACAAAAGAAAAUUCCAUUUGUAACAAUGGAAGAAAAAUGUUAUGUUUAUUCACAGGUUGGAAAAAUUUCUAUUUCUAAAAUGAAAAACCCAUUUUUUAGGAGCUAUUACAUAAUGCAGUAAUAAAAUCAGCUUUAAAUGUUGAAUUUCGUAAUACCCUUGGCACCUAGGAUUUUAUUCUUGAUUGUGUAAUAAUAUAUUGGAGCUUAUAAAAAAACUAGCUUUGAAAUUAUUUUAUUUUAUUGCUGAUUAUUAAAUAGCUGAUACUUUGACACGUGUGGUUUUUGAUCGACCUGAUCUAUUAGACUAUACAAUUAAUCAGCAUCCAUAUAAAUGGUGGUCUAUGAUAUGCCUAUAUUUUUUGGCAUACAAUAAAAAUAUUUAGAUGCUCAAUUUCAGUAGCGAAUUAAUCAAUUAGUUAAGGUAACUUAAAUUCCUUUUUGAACUAGAAGAUGAUCUUUUAGUUUAUUCAUAAAUUUGUAAUAAUGAAAAAUCUUCCAAUCCUCUAUAUAAUUUCUCCAUUGUUAACUUAAUUUCUUUUUCACUAUUUGUUUAAACAUAUUGUUGUUAUUAAAUAUUUAUUGCAUGAAAAAAAUACAUAUGUUUUGUUUUGCAUUGUUAAUGCUUAUAAAAAUGAUGAACAGGGCUGUUGAUUGUUUAUAAAUUUUUCUCACGACAAGACAGUUUUGUGUGGAUGAUAUAUAUGCUCACAAAUAUUUUUCAUUAAUGGUAUUACUAGCAUAGCUAUGAAAAAAUUUCAGAAAAGUUCCAUUUUAUUUAUUAGUAACUAAAAAACUGCAAUGUAAUUUAAAAAAUAAUUUAAUCUCUCUUUUGUUAGUUGAACUUACAAGUCUAAUAAAAAAAAAUCUCGAUUAUAGGCAAAUUCACCAAUUUCUGUUUUUAAAAUAUAAAUUCUAAUAUUUAUGCGGUAUUUUGCCAUAAAAAUGGCCUCAUACAAGCUUAGUAGCAAAAUCUUCUGUAUUGCUGUGUAUUACUCUCACCAUAAUGUUAAAUAUGUCUACAAUUCUAAGAUAUAAUUCAUUUUUUGUCUCAAAAGUUGAGCUUGAACCUGCAUCAUUGAGGUUAUAAAUAAUCAAAAUGUGACAAUAAACUCUUAAUAGAGGUUAAAAAAAUAUAAACUAGAAAUUUUAAUUAAACUUAACAUUUUCACUUACUGUUUAAAACAAUCCUCCAGCCCCCAGAGGCAUGUUAUGGGUUUCUGCAUGUGUUCAGAUAUUAUGAUCAGUUGACAGCAUUUUUAAAUAAUAACUCUGAGGCUUGGAAACAGAGUCAAGCCGCAACUGACCGGCUAUUUAUUUUGGCAGAUUUAAAUUUCCCUCUUAUGUCUAAAUAAAACUCUAACCUAUAAGUUUCAUAUUCAGAAUUUGUUAGGAAAUGCAUAAUAAUACUUUGACAAAUGAAAUAAGUAUUUUAUUUUUAAAAUAUCUAAAUAUUUUUUUAUAUUUUAAUGCUAGAUAAUCAAUGCUUCUCUGCGAUUAAUAAUUUUAAAAUUUAAAAUAUGUAUAUUUUUAUACUAUUCGUUAUUUUGAACAUAUAAAAGUCACUUUAGGGAAGUAUUGUUAUAUUUUAAUAAUUGUUAAAAUAUUAAAAUGUUAAUAAAUAUUAAUGGAACAGUGAUGAAAAAUGUUUGCAAUCUAGACGGAUGUUAAAGGUUGGGGGCAGGCUACACUAAUAUCUCCUGCAAAAUAGUCAAAGGCAGAUCGUCUAUAUGUCAAAUACCUAUGAUUAACUAUAUAAAAUCAAUUUGCCUGUGUGCUAAAAAGCUGAUGAAAAAUGAAUAUUUAGACUUUCAUGUACUAUUUUGAUACCACUUUUUCUUUACUAUAUUGAAACUCUUAUUGCUGUAAUGUCUAUGUAUCUCAAAUCUUAUAAAAUUGAAUCCAGUAUGCAUGAAAUAAUAGAUUAUUGGUAUUGCAUAUUGGUAUUGCAAAUAAUAACCAUUGCAUAUUUCCUAGUGAAAGUAAUUAAAUAUUAAUUAUUCUAUUAGAUAAAUAAAAUCUAUUUCACUAUUAAUAAUUAACGAUUUUUGUUUUAUGUCUAUUUCAGUGAUGAAGAUAUAUUGAACAUAUAUAUGAGCAAAAAAAUUAAAUGACUAAAUAUAAAAUUCAGUUAUAAAUUAUGUUAAAAAAGUUAGAUAUUAUACCUAUUGAUAACAUGACAUAAUAUUCUGUAAUUAUUUUGACUAUUAAUGCAGUUAUAUGAACUUUGUCAGUUGCACAGAGCAUUCUUAUUCGAUGGCAAAAGCCAUCUUCUAUUUAUCUUAUGUAAUCAAAGCUGUAAUCACAGUGGCUUCUAACUGUGCAACAGAUUUUUAAACUUGGCAUUUUAUGACAUCUAUUUGUCAUAAUUAAACGAGAUUAAAAAAAAGUUCUGUUAAUAAUGUAAAACUAGAUAAUGAGAUAGAGGAAAUUUUAGUAUUCUCUUUUUCGUUUUCUUUCUUUGCUUUUGAUUUCUACACUCAAUUGUUUAAAUUUGCUUUUAAGUAAAUAACUUUAGUAAAUGUAUGAUUUAAACAUGGCAUAAUUCAUUAAAAACUGCUGUGUACUGUCUAGACAAUCCUUUUUAGACACUUAACUUUUUAUAGCAAAUGUAUUUCUUUUCACUGUUAGAUUAUUGUAUUGACUCUUAACCUUUUGCAGUCGUAUAUCUACUCUCUGUUUUUAGAUUUGACUCUAAAACUUAAUAUUUAUUUAAUAUGUGAAUAAAAGACAACUAUUUACCUUGAUUAAUUUUCGUUUCUCCAAACAAUAUUUUCCUAUUUGUCUGUAAAAUUGCAUUGAAUUAAGAUAUUUUUAAAAAGUUUGCGAAACAUUUUCAGUGCUUACGUAUGUAUGUAAAGCUUACCAAAGGAGAAAAAUAUUAUUUUAAAUGCUGACUAUAAGAGCUCUAUAAAGUGUUGUGAAUGGAUAACUAUUUUUGAGAAUAUAAUAAUUUUAAUCUAUUGAAGUGUUGUCAAAAACUUAUUUGUGCCUUAUGGCUUAGUUUGGCUUCUACAUAAUUGAAAUAUUUUAUUGUAAGAACUUUUGAUAAAUGAGUGAAAUUCUUCUUAAUAAUUAAAAGAUGAAACUCAAAAUAUGUCCGUAAUGGUGGACAGGAAAAAAAAAAUUUUUUUCUUUACUGGUACAGUUGUAUGGUAAUGUCCUUUAUUGUUUUCAAAGAAAAAAUUAUACGAAAAUGCUUGAUGUUAAAAAAACUUUUUUCAUAUUUAUUUUUUGAAACAAAAAUGCUUUUUUGCCAUUUUUACAUCUUUUGUUUUAUUUAUUUAUUUAAUAUUUUUAGAAAAUUGAUAAAAUUUUGCUAUUUUACAAUUUUAUAUCAUGUAAAAUGUGUCUCGUGUGAUUGUUUACUUUAAUGUAUUUAAAACUUACAUCCAGUGUAGAAAGAAUUAGUAAUCAAAAACUGCAAAUUUUAUGAUUUCAGAAGUGUUAAUUUUUUUUUUCUUUGCGCACUUAAUUUCCACUCACAAAAAUUAUUUUUUAAGUUUCUUACUGCCAAUUUGUGAAUUUCUUUCUAACAACUAACUUGUAAAAAUUGAAUUUUUCAGGAGGAUUUUUAUCAAUUUUUCACAUUUAGAAUUCCAAAAUUAAUUCUAAAUAUAUUCAUUAUAAUAAAAAAAUAACUAAUUACAAACUAAAACUCUCAUUUUUUCUAAUAGUUUCAUUUUUGUAAUGACUACAGUAAUAUUAAGCUAGUGUAUGUAGAAAAAUUUCUAAAAAAGUUAUUAAAAAUUCUAAAGAAAAUGCUAAUUAAAAUUUUCAAAUUUUUUAAUUCCUGAAUUCUUUCUCAUGGCAUUUAAAUUAUUUCCAUUUAUUGAGAUUGAAUUAGAAAAUUAUAGUCUUCCUUAUAUUAAUAUAUAUAAUUAUAGAACCAAAUUUAAAAAAGUUCCUAUAAAAUUUUUUAGAUUGUUGUUAAAUCAAAGAGUUUAAUACCUAGUGGUAUGUCAGUGUAUAUUUGUCUGAUGCAUCUAAAAUGAGUUUAUAUUCCUGCAAAUGUAAUAAAUGUUACAAGUUAAAUUUGACUAUAAUUUAAAAUAAUGAUUUACUUAAAAAAAUAUUUAGUGUAGCUAAUGUGAGUUACUUUUAAAAAAAAGAGCAAUUAAUUUUUAUACAUUUUAAUUUAAAUAGAAAAUAAAAUUAUGUUUUCUAUGUGUCAGAAAUUUGGUAGCUAUUGCAUUAUACCAAUUGUUCCAUUGUUAAAGUUUUAGAAAAAUACUUUUAUGUAUUUUUAAGUUAUUGAUUUUAUGUUGUUUUAUAUAG